AUGCAAACGCCUGGACUCGAGGAACGUAAGAAAGCGCUGGAGAAGAAGUUUGUCGAAAAACGACCACCACUAGCCUAUGCGAAGCUCAGUGGACGUGUAUUGGAUGAUGUACCUUUUGAGAAACUCGUUACACACUUGCCAGCGGAGCUCGGACGUGGUCCCAUCUCGUCGUUGCCUGAUCAUCGCAUUGCAUUGGGUGAACACAAGGCUAUUUCACGCUUACAUGCACGUAUUCAGUGGAAUCAGACCGAGAGUUGCUUUGAACUGCAAUGUCUAGGCAAGAAUGGUAUGUUUGCAGACGGUAAAUUCGUGUCUAAGAACCAGACAAUUAAGCUCAGUUCCAAGACAGCCCUUAAAAUUGGACACGCACGUGUCUAUUUCCUAUGUGCCAUUCGCUCCACUAUCAGCACGAUGAGUGGGUUCAAAAUUAUCCAAAAGGCGUUUGAGAAAGCGAAAUAUCACAAGGGAGUGACGGCAAUGACGGCCGAUCAAGUGUGUGAUCAGAUUCUAGAGAGCUACUCCAAGAGUGAGCACGAGCUUGGUGGAAAAGAACAUUUGCGUACAUUUGUUACAGCAUACUUGCAGGAAGACACUGGUGCGUUCGAGCGAAAUGAAGAAGGAUCAUUUCCCGUGCCCGUCUACAAAAUGAUACCGAUGGCUGCCGGUGAAUCGAAGAAACAGAGUGUGGUCGUCAACGCAACCUCUAAACCUGAGGAAAGUACUGAGGCUGCGUUAAAGAAGCAGAAGACUGCUGUAUAA